CAAUUUUUGUUGUUUACCUCGAAAAAUGAGUGCGGAAAGUCAAAAAAUUGUCUCGGGCGAAGCCUCUGAAACGGAUGAAGAGUCCGAAAAUGCUUCGGGAACGACUUUAAAGGAGUCAAUUGAAAACGCCCUCAACUCGAACACUGUAACUCAAAGUUUAGUGAUCCAAGGCGAAGAUUCCGAAUCAGAUGAAGACCUUCCACGUACAGUCUUCCCGGAAAAUCGAAAAUUUGAGGAAAAUUCUUCUACAUUUCCGAAAAAAACGCAAGAUGGCAGCUUUUUAAUGAAGGAUUUGCAAGAAGAUGUCACAAAUUCGCUCAAAUGGCUCAUCCAGGAGACCCAAGAAGACGCUUUAGAUGAAUUAAAUAGUUGUAAUCAGCUUCUGUUGUCGUCGCAAGUCGUCCUGCAAAAAGAUACUAUCGCUCUAAAACAAGCGGCGAACAAUCUGGAAAGCAUUUCGAAGAAACUUGAUGAUAUUUUGUCGUUCAAUAUAAUUCCACAGAUCGAAUUUCAGCGGAAAAAUGUCAGUUUGGAGGAUGUAGAGCUCGAAUUAGGCAUCGAUACGUUAACGAAUGAAAUGAUUGACAUGCUUUAGGAUUAAUUUUAUUAUUUUUUGGGGUUAAAUAUUUUUUUUUAACAAGAAUUUCGUAAAUCUAGUUAACUAUAUAAGAAAAAAUUGAUAUAUAUUUGAUAAUUUUAUAAUAAAUUUUAGGAUAUUAUUAUUUUUUGCGUUAAAAGGGCGC